CAUUUGUGUUGAGUUUUUUGUUGUUGAAUCGGAUUCAACAAAUUACCCAAAUUUCAAGUGAAAAUCGUCGAUAAAUGAAAAUUCACGUAAAUUAUUGAAAAUCUUUUGACUCCCGGCUCGCAGCGAACGUUAAAACGGGAUCGUUUGGAGGUCUUUGAAAUUUGAAAAGAGAAAAGAAAAUGCUAAAAUUUCAAAUACAGUCCAAAACGAUUGGAAAAUAAGCGACGAUCGCCAACUGGAAAUGGUCUCUCAAUGCAAUUGCCCAUGCUAAAUAAGCAGUUAAUUCAAUCUAACGAUCGAUUAAUCGAUCUGUUGUGUGUGCGAAAAAGCAAGAAAAAAGCAAAGAAAAUGCAAGAAAUCUAAUUAAAAAUAAAAAAAUAAAUUCAGUAUCUAGUGAGAAAAUUGAAAGAGAAAAAGAAUAAAAGUAUCACGAAAAUGUGCUAAGUGAACGAGUUGAAGAUAUCUAUUAAAAUCCGCCGUUAAGCAAAAGCUAUAGAGUUAAUGCUCUCUCACAAAUCGGGAUAUUUGUUCAAUGGGAGGAGCGCGCCCAUUUAAAAUUAUGCGCCUCCACAACGGCAUACGAGAAAUGCUAUAUAGAUCGUGAUCGUAAACGAAACAUGGUACGCGACAGCAGCCGUAACAUUUGUUUUGGAAAAUUAGCCGAAACUACGCAGCAGCAACAACAACAAAUCGCCGUGGAUAGUAGCAGCAGCAACAGCAGCACCAACACCAAUAACAACAACAACAACAAUAAUAAUAAUAAUAAUAACAAUAAUCAGAAACUACGCGAUACAUUAAAAAGGUCUACAGAAGAACCACCGACAAACAGCUUCGAAAGGAACUAUUACGAUCGCAGCCGCUUAGUCUAUCAAGCCAGCAACGCAGCAGCAGCAGUAGCGACAACUGCCAACAGCAACACAAACAGCAACAGCAACAGCAGCAGCGAUAGAUCGCGCGCCCGAGAUCGUCUUUACAGGAAUGGUUCAGCAGCAGCCGCAGCAGCAGCAACAGCAGCAGUUGGUGCGUCAGCUACAAGUAGCAACAGCAACACGACGACAACGACAGCAGCAACAGCAGCAGCUGCAGCGGGAGUGGGCGCGGUUGCGAUUGCAGCUGGAGCAGCGACAGCAGCAGGAGCAGGACAAGCAACUGGUGGUGCCGGAUUCGGAGUGGGUGGAUUUGGUGGUGGUGGUGGGCCACCAUUGGGCGAUCGGAGCAACAACAACAACAUCAUUAACCAAAACACACGCGUACCGCAGUCAUGGUACGAAGCUGCGGCUACUGCGACAGCGCAUCUGAAAAGUCCUGGUGGCAGUGGCAAUGCCGGCGUCUCAGCAGCUGGCAGCAUAAUGAGCUCACCGAUCAAUCAUCAUUCACAUCCACAUCCACAUCAGCAUCAGCAUCAUCACUACAACAACACAUCCGCCUCGUAUUCAUCACCCGCCCACUCGCAUACGAUAGCAGCAGCGGCGGCGGCAGCCGCAGCAGCAGCGGCGUCCAUUACGACGGCCAUGCACCGGAGUGUGGCGUAUGCGGGCAGUGCUGCGGAUGAAGCAACAACCACUUUAAAUUCUGCCCGCAAAAUUCACCUGCACCACAACAACAACAGCAGCAGUGGCAGCAGCAGCAGCAGUAGAAGUCCYGCUGCUGGUGGUGUCAGCAAACUAAAUAAGCUGCUCAAAACGACGGCAGCAGCGCGCUGCGGCUCCGAGUCGCCUUUGAGUGGUGGUGCAGCGGCAGUGGCAGCGGCAGCGGCAGCGGCAGCAGCGACGACAAGUACAAUCACAAACAAUAGUUUUAGUAGUAAUAGUUUAAAUAAUACAAUAAACACGGCCACUCCAACGAUGCCAAUUGCAACAACAGCAACAUCUACAAGUGGCAACAGUAAUAGCAACAGCAACAGUGGCGACAUUUUAAAUGUUGCCGCUGCCGCGUUGGCCGCCGUCGUGGACAAUGGCAAUGCGACAACACAGAAUGUGAACGAUGGUCGAGCACCGCGACAUCAUUUGCAUGGACGUAGCACCACCUCGUCCAGUCGCUCCCAUUCACGAUCGCCGAGCAGUUAUAGUAGCUCGCACAGCUCAUCAUCGGCCUCAUCGCACACAUCGUCGCAUUCGCACGCGUCCAGCCCGAUAUCGGGCAAUUGUGCCGAUGCACUCGUUGGUGGUGUUGGUGGCAUUGCAGGAACAGCGCACCGCAGCUCACGCAGUUUGCAGUCCUGUGUGACAGUUGGCAGCAACUCUUCAAAUCCCAGUGGCAAUGUGGGCGGCGGGUGUGGMUCCAGUAGCAGCAGCAGCAGCAGUUCUAGCAGCAGCAGCAGCUCCUGUUUGGCCGCCAAUCCGGUGGUUCAUUCCGAAGAUAAUCGUCCGUUGGCGAUACGAGUCCGUAACCUGCCCGCCCGUUCCUCGGACACAUCCCUCAAGGAUGGUCUCUUUCACGAGUACAAAAAGCAUGGCAAAGUCACGUGGGUCAAGGUUGUGGGCCAGAAUUCGGAACGCUAUGCGCUCGUCUGCUUUAAGAAACCGGACGAUGUGGAGAAGGCACUGGAAGUGUCCCAUGAUAAACAUUUCUUUGGCUGUAAAAUCGAAGUGGAGCCCUAUCAGGGCUACGAUGUGGAGGACAAUGAGUUUCGACCCUAUGAGGCCGAACUGGACGAAUACCAUCCCAAGUCCACACGAACGCUAUUCAUUGGCAAUCUGGAGAAGGAUAUUACGGCGAGUGAGCUGCGUGUCCACUUCGAAAGCUUUGGCGAAAUCAUCGAGAUCGACAUCAAGAAGCAAGGACUCAAUGCCUACGCCUUUUGUCAGUAUUCGGACAUUGUGUCUGUGGUGAAAGCGAUGCGGAAAAUGGAUGGCGAGCAUUUGGGCAGCAAUCGCAUCAAGCUCGGCUUUGGCAAGUCCAUGCCAACGAAUUGCGUAUGGAUUGAUGGCGUGGGCGAGAAGGUGUCCGAGUCGUUUUUGCAAUCGCAAUUCACGCGCUUUGGCACUGUGACCAAGGUGAGCAUCGAUCGCAUGCGGCAAUUAGCUUUGGUGCUGUACGAUCAGGUGCAGAACGCUCAGGCGGCUGUCAAGGAAAUGCGCGGCACGAUAAUGCGUGGACGCAAGCUCCAAGUGGACUUUGCGUCGCACGAGUGCCAGGACGCCUUCUAUGACAAGCUGGAGAAGCAGCAGCAACAGCAGCAACAACAGCAGCAGCCACUGCAGCAGCUGCAACCUCAACCGCAGCCACAACAGCCAGCCCAGCAGCCCAAUGCGGCAUCUGCCUCCUCGCGCUUUAAUCGCUACGAGUCAUCACAGUCACGUUCGCGAGCCUCGUCCUUCAGUCGGCAUCAGAACUCGAACGAUGGUUGUUCGCCGGGCGGCAAUACGCCGGGCAGCAGCACCGCCUCCACCGCCACCGCCAGCAGCAGCAGCAGCGGGAGCGGGAGCGGGAGCAUCUCGGCUAGCAAUGCGAUGCCAGCGCCGAGUCUUGCUUCGGCAGUUGUGAGCGGCAACAGUGGAGGAGCAACCGCAGCGUUGUCCUCGACUGCGGGUUGCCCACAGAAUGCCAUGCCCGUGUCGCCGGCGGCGAUGGUGCAGGCGCGUAUGCGUAUGGCGCGCAAUGCGAGGCACACCAUCGACUUUGACUUCAACGAUACGGGUCGACGGUUUCGCAACUUUGACGAGCACGCGAGCAACAACAACGGCAGCAGUGGCAACAAUCAGAUGCAGGACGAGGAGGCGAACGCGGCGGUGCGCUCAGAUUCGCCCGUCAUUGCACGCCUCGGACCCGCUGUCAAUAGCAGCAGCGCCAGUGGGAGCGGGAGUGGCACUCCAAUCAGCGACACGCUCGAGGGGACGCUGAACAGCAGCGGAAGCAACAGUCGUCGGCGUUGUGAACAACAACAACUUGACGAGUGCCCGUCCAGUGGUGAUGAGGGCGUGGUCAGUCCGCGCAAGCGCAUCAAAAUGGAUUACCAUCAUCAUCAUCAUUCCAAUGCCAGUGCGCAACUGCAUAUGCUGGAUCAGAACAGCGACUCGUUGGUCUCUGGUCAUAGCAGCAGCAGCAACAGCAACAAGCCCAGUCCGCUGUCCAACUGUGAUGUAAUACAUGAUCCUCUCAAUCGCAAAAGCGAAAUUCGUCGCGUCUCGGAGGCGAAUAAAUUUGCAGCGAUUGCACCACCGCCCACCCAACACCACAAUAUGAUGCUCAGCAGCCGGCGGCCAUCGAUCGAUGUUGGCGCCUUGACAGCGCUGUCCAAUUCGUCGGCCUUUCGCCACGGCCUGGUCGGCGCGAGCAGCAUGGAUCAGCAGCAUCUGAUGAAUGCUUCGCUGGCAGCGAAACGACGUCGAGUUACAGCUAGCACGCUGCAGCUCUCGCAGCCGCAGCCGCUGCAACAGCAGCAGUCAACRUCGUCGUCGUCGUCGUCAUCGAUGUUGUUGUCCUCCUCAUCCGCCGCCGCCAACAGCAAUAGCAGCAGCAACAGCUGUGGAUUACCACCUACGCUGGCAGCGCCCAUGCCCAAUGAUGACUAUCAUCAUCAUGCGUCGCGUGGCCGGGGCCAUCAGCUACAUUCCCAUCACUCACACGAGGCCAGCGGGGGCGAGAGCGCCGACGGCUCACGGCCGGGCACGCCGCUGUGCGAUGAACGGCCAGAGGUGUUGCCCACCGAGCCGCGUCGUCUGCCGCCGGCAAGGGAACGGACACGGGAGCGCGUGCGCGAGGUAAUGUGGCUGCCGUUGCCCAAAUUCGGUGUGCUCUUCUUUCAACAGCAGCGGAGUGCUGGCAGCAGUGGCAGUGGCGCGGGUAGCGGCGUGUCCAGCUACCUGCAGCAGCUGACGACGACAGCAUCGUUGCUCAACAACUCUAGUCUAAGUGCAGGAGCUGCGACGACAACCUCAGCAUCAUCAUCGGCAGCAACUGUGUCCAGUUUAUCGUUUCUGCCCUCACCCACGUUACGCUAUUGGCGCUCCUCCAAUCACCACCAUCACCAGCACCACCAUCACCAUCAGCAGCAGCAGCAACCGCAGCAGCAGCAGCAACAACAGCUGCAGCAGUCCUCGUCGUCCUCCUCAUCGAUUGGCCUAAUGGCCAGUCCGGCGCGUCCUCGCUCGCUGAGCUCCAACUCAAGCGACUCGGAUGUGCCCAGUGGCCAGACGGGUGGCAGCCCCUCGUUGGAUGAGCGACUGCGCAACUUUGAGGAGAACUACGAGCGCUGGUCCGGUGGCAGCAGCAGCACCAAUCCCAACCAUGGCCAUGGCAGUCAUGGGCAUAGCAGCAGCAGCAGCCAGUCGAAUGCGCUGCCCUCGUGGCAGCUGUCGAUGCACUCGACGAACCUCAGUGGUCUCAGCUCGUCGCAUCAGGCUGGCUCCGGCAACAGCAACAGCUCUAGCGGCACUGUCUCCAGUUCGACGAGCAAUUCGCGUCACAAAUUUCUUGACAUUGACGAGCUGCAGCCGUCGGACAUUGUCAAGUCGCUGUUGGCCAAGAAGUCCGUCUUCGACGAUGACUUUCAGCGCCUCAAGAAGAACCAAUGGUACGAGCCGGCAAGCACGGAUUUCGGCACGGGCUCCACAAGCUCGGCGAAUGCGCGGCAUGGUGGCCUAUGCAGUGGUAACACCUCGCCAGCUUUGCCCAAUUUAGCGGCAACGAAGACAACGCCCAUCAUAGCCAACUGCAGCAGCAGCAACAGCAGCAAUCUGGGCGGCAACAGCUCCGGCAGCAGCAGCAGCUGCAAGACGAGCGGUCUGCUGCAGCGUUUGAGCAGCUUGUCGCCCAUGAACUCGCCGCAAGCGUCCAUGUCGCCUUACAACAGCCCGUCGCCGUCGCCCUCGGUCGUUGGUGUUCAGUUGGCCAAGCCCAGCUUGAGCAGCAGCUGCAACAGCAGCAGCAGUACAACAACAGCAGCAGCAACGACAGCGGCUGCAACAGCAACGGCGGCAGCAGCAGCAGCUGCCACCAAGGGAUUGCAGUAUCCAUUUCCCAGUCACCCGCCAUUGCCAAACACSGCUGCUCCGCCGCCGGCGAUACAACCAGCGCCGCCACCGCCACCGGAGGUGCCCAAGACAAAGCCAACCACGUCCUCCUCUGCGGCCAGUCAAUCGCUCAGCAAGAGUCUCAGUGUGCCAGGGGCAACGACAGAGGCGCGAUCUGUGCUGCAGAAGUCCGUCUCAGUGCCGGGCAGCACGAAUGUGGGCACCACUGGAAGCAGCAGCGCAUCCUCUAACGGUAACAGUUCCUCAACAGCMACAGCAACAGCCACACACGUACAAAAGCAAACGCCAAACCAUUCAAUGGAUGAAGUGGAGUCCAAAAGCAAUGCCAAGAGCUCAAGCUCCAGUGCAGCAACCACGACGAGCUCCUCGACGUCCAAGAAGAACAGCAGCAGCAGCGAUAARUCGCACAGCAGCAAACACAAUAAUCGCUCCGAUUCGGAAAAGAAGUCCAAGAAGUCUUCCUCCUCCUCCUCAUCGUCCGCAAAUGCGACUAGUUCGGAGAAGCGCAAGAAUUCGGCAACAUCGCAGUCCUCCAAGUCGGCAACGCCCAAAGUGGACGAUGAGUCCAGCGAUUCGGAUGAGCCACUGGAGAAGCCUGACAAGGAGCAAUCACAGCAACGUCUGGAGCGCGAGAAGGAGAAGGAGAAGGCGCAGCAUAAGGAGAGACAGGAGCGUGAGAAACGUGAGAAGGAGCUGCGCAAGCAACAGGAGCGUGAGGAAAAAGAGCGCAAAGCCCAAGAGGAACGUGAGCGUGAAGAGCGCAAAGCCAAAGAAGAAAAGGAAAAGGAGCGAGAGCGUGAACGAGAACGUGAACGUGAAAGGGAACGAGAACGGGAACGGGAACGUGAACGGGAACGUGAGCGUGAACGUGAAAGAAAAGCUCAAGAGGAGCGUGAGCAAAAGGAGCGCGACGAGCUACGCGAGAAGGAGCAGCGCGAAAAGGAGCAGCGCGAGAAGGAGCAGCGUGAGAAGGAGCAGCGUGAGCAGGAGGCACGUCAUGCACGCAUGCGUGACAUGUGCGCCUAUCACAAAAACAAAUCCGAUGCGAGUUCCGAGGCGAGCAGCUUCUACGCCCACAAUGCAGCCACGCCCAGUGAGAACAAUAAAGAAAAUGCUGCAGCUACUGAUAUGGCAACACAGCCAACAACAACAACAGCAGCAGCUGGAGCUGGUGCAGGAGCAGCAACUGUUGCUAGCUCUGCCCCAACGGAGAGCAACAGCAACAAGGAUCGUUCACGCAAAUCCUCGCGGAAUUCACCAACGCCCAGCAGCGGACGACAGCACAAGCGACGCCUCAGCUCGCAGGACAGCAACCACAGCGGUGGCGGCGGUCCUGGUGGUGGUCAGAAUCAUGAGGAUUAUGUGAAACGCAUACGCAUGGAAAACCCGAACAGCACUACGAGCAAUCCUCAUCAGCGGCUCAGCGAUCGUCGUGACUCCAAGGAGCACAAGAACAGCAGCAGCAGCGGCGGCUGCAAGGAGGAGAAGACCAGCUCCUCGUCCAAGUCGCAUGGCAACAGCAGCAGCAACAGCAGCUCCAAGCACCAUCGACGCGACAAGCAUCACAGCAAAAGCACCAGCAGCACUGAGAUCAAUCAUACCGAAUUGGAGCAGCAGUUGCACACGCUCAACACCAGCGAGGAAGAGCAGCAGCAGCCCUCACAGUCGCAGCAGCAGCAGCAGCAGCAACAAUCGCAGUCGUUGCAUAAGCAACGGGAGCAUCAUCAUCAUGGCAGCUCCUCGUCGUCGUCGCGGCACAAAAGCAAACGAGAUCACCAUCAUCAUCGCGAGAAGAAGCGGCAUUCGGUGGCCGAGUCCACCAAUACAGAUGAGGAGCCCAGCCACAAUCCGCACAGACGCAUCUCAGCAGCGGGUAGCUCUGCUGGCGAGCUUAGCUCGAACACAAAUACCUCCAGCAGCAAGUUGCAGCAGCACCAUCAGCAGCAGCAGCAGCAGCAGCAACAGCAUCAACAACAACAGCCGCAGCAGCAGCAGCAGCAAUCGCAUCAUCAUCAUCAUCAUCGGCGCAGCGUGGACCGCAAAUCGUCACGCGGCUCUGAUGAGGGCGGCGCCUCCUCGAAGAGCGCUUCCCAGCCGCGCAAGAUGAUGCUCAGCUCCGCGGAUUCGGAUGACACAGACGAUGCAUCCAAGAAGCAUUCCAUAUUUGAUAUACCCGACGAUUGCCCCAACGUAUCAAUGUACGAUAAAGUGAAGGCGCGCAGCUGCAAGAAUAUGCAGCGCCAAGCCGAGGAGAAGAAGAUCAAGGCCAAGUUCUCACAGCUGAAGCAGUCGCGUGCGAAAAAGAAGCGAUCCACCAGCUACGACGGAGACAGCGAUACGGAGUUCGAGGAUCGCAUGCAUCAUCGGCUCAGCGGCAGCAGCAGCUUCCAUGGGCGCAAUCAUGGGGGCCUGAGCAGCAGCGACGAUGACAUGGAUGAUGCCGAUGGCUUUCGCAAGAUGUCGCACAGUCGCAUAUUCUCCGACUCGGAUGCAGAUGGCGAGGUGGAUGCGGAGACUGACGAUCUCAAUGCUAGUCGCAUGCGCCAGCAAAUGCAACAGAAUCUACGACGUCUGUGCGAUGGCGACGAUAGCUCCGAGGAUGAGAUUCGUCGCAAUGUGAUCAGCCACGCGGGCAAACGGAAUUGCCUUUCGACGCGUAUUGCCUCCGAUUCGGAGUCGCAGUCGCAGCCGGCACCGGAACUGAUCAACACUAGCAUCAAACAGGAGCCGGACAUCAAGCAGGAACAGAUCUCCGAUAACGAAAUAAAGUAUUCCAAAUCACGUCACAAUUCGCACUCCUCCAACGAGGAGCGCAAGCUGAAGACGGACUUCAAGAAGGAGUAUAACGAGUACUUCAACACCGGCUACACGAACUAUGUGGGUGACAGCAGCUCGGCCAAGAUCAAGGAUUACUCUCCGGAGACGCGCAAGAAGCACAAGAAGAGCAAGAAGCGUCUCAAGUCCUCAGCCGAGAGCAGCUCCACCAUUAACGUUGCUCCUGCGCCUGCUGCAACGAGCAGCAUCUUCGAUGUGACCGAAAGCAAGCCCAACAAAUUCGACAGCUUCGAUGAGCUGAAAACGGAGCCGGUGACAAUCGCAGCUGCUCUGGAGGUGAACGCAAGCUCGGUGGCGGCCAGCGAGAGACGGAAGCACAAGGAGCGCAAAGAGAAGAAACGCGAGAAGCUGCGCAACAUGAGCGAAACCAAUGCUGUCGGCGGCUCUGUGGAGCAGCUGAGCGAGAAGCUGUCCAAGGAGGAGCGUCAUCGGCUGAAAAAGUCGAAGAAGUCCAAGAGCUUGGACACAUCUGCUCGAUUGUAUAAUGUCAAUGCGUCCAAUGCCUCUCCACCGACGCCCACCACGUUGAGCACACCGGCUCGAGACUCUGCCAAGCGCAGUGAGGACAAAAUGGAGGACAUCUUCGGUAUUAUCUCCGAUGAGGAAGAGGACGAGGAGGAAUCGCAGUUGACCGACGAUCAGCCCGACACGACUAAGGCACAGCUCUCCACCACUGGACCCAUGGUGUCUGCUGCACUGCAAACGUACAAGCAGGAGCCGUCUCUGCUCAGCCACAACAGCAGCAACAAGGAGCCGGCGAUACAGCAGCAGCAGCAGCAAUUGCAACAGCUGCAGCAUGAGGAGCUCGAAACGGAGCGGAGUGAACGCGAGCGACAUCGCAAAGAGAAGCGCGAAAAGAAGCGACGCGAGAAGUCAGCACGCGAGCCAAAGCAGCAGCAGCAGCAACAGCAACUACAACAGCAACAGCAGCAGCAGCAGCAACAACAAAAUGCCAGCAAAUUGGACGACGACAACAGCGUCGAUAUGGAUGAGGCGGGCCGUGCGUUGGAGGCGCAGCUUAUGGACGACUUUGAUAGCAACAAGAUGCCCGAAGAUGCCACGCCCUCCACAGCAACCACUUACCGCAGCGAUAUGACGGACGUUUUCCGUUUCUCGGAUAACGAGGACAACAACUCCGUCGAGCAGCAGCAACAACAGUUGCAGCUGCACUCGCACUCGAGCGAGAAGCAGUUGGAGUCCAAGGAAUCGGUGCACAAGAGCAAGGACAAGAAGAAGAAGAAGAAGCGCUCCAAAGAGGAGAAACAAGAGAAACUCGACAAGCAGCAGCAACAACAACAAUUGCAGCUGCGUCGUGAAUCAGCUUGUUUGCCACCAGCAACAGCUGCUGCACCAACAGCAGCUGCCGGUUCCUCGACUAGCUCGCUGACUAUCAAUGUGCAGGCCGCCUCAAAGCAUGCCGAGGAGCAGCUGGAGAAGGAAUCGAAGCACAGCUCUCCACUCUGCAAGCCAUCGCCCAGUUUGCCCUGUCUCAUUGGCGACGAUGAUGAUGAGGAGCCUCCAAUAACGACGAUGCCCGUCAUCAAGCCCUCGUCAGCUAGCAGCAGCAGCAGCAACACGAACAGCAAGAGCAAUCGGUUGAACUCCUCUGAUGCCCUCUCGCCGGCUCGUGAGAAGCCACGCCUGAUCAGUCCCAUACCAAAGACGCCCACCAUUAGCCAGAGCAACAGCUCCAUGCUGUCCACACAGUCAGCGGAAACGCCUGUCAGCAGUGGUGCUGCGCCUCUGGUCACCACGCCCACAUCCUCAACAGCGGCUGCUGCUGUCGAGUCGAAGAACGUCAUAGAGAGCAGCUCACCCACCAGUGCAGCCCUGAAUAAGAAGAAGGAGGUCUUCAUACCCGGCUUCGAUGGUCAGCUGGACUAUAAAAUAAGCGAGUCGGCUGUGCAAUCCAUAUCGGCAGAGUUGAAUAGUGGACUGCUCGACGUAUUGGCCAAUGAGCCCAAGAUACCAGUCGCGUCGCCACCUGGAGCGAUCAAGACGCUGGACAAGUUGGAGGACAGCAAAUCCCGAGUUACCAUCUCACAGGAGGAGACUGAGAGCGCUGUGUCCGCACUGCUCGGUGAAAGCUUUGGCACAUCCUCAACGGCAGACUACUCGCUGGAUGGCAUGGAUGAUAUGACCGCAACGGUUUCGGAGGUGGCUGUCGCCGAGCCCGAUGAGGAGGCAGCACUCGCUGCCAAGGCGAUCGAGGCAGCUGUCGAAGAGGCUGCCACAGAACCAGAACCAGAGCCUGAACCCGAACCUGAACCCGAAGCUGAACCUGAACCAGAGCCAGUUGUUGUCUCCGUGGGCGUAGUGCUCGAUGCCGAGGAAGUGAACAAGGCGGUGCAGAGUUUGCGCAACGAGGACAUGGACAUCAAGGCGGACACGCCACAAUCCGAGCGCGAUCUGCAAAUCGACACAGACACCGAGGAGAACGCCGACGAGGCGGACAGCAGCGGACCCAGUCUGAAGAUCGACGAGACCGCACCACAGAACAGUGGCUCCGACAAGUCAGCGUCGAGUGGUGCUGACAAGUCCCCUGAGCCGAGCAGCGAGUCCAGUACACGGUCCAGGCAGACAGUCGAGACUCCGCAGCCCACCGUCAUAACCAAGCUGUCGACUACAGUGCCAGUGCCAGUGCCGACAACAGUUGCAGCCGCAUUGCUGCCCAAUGCCAGCAACAGCAGCAGCAGCAGCAGUAGCAGCAGCACUCCAACCAAGUCCAGUGCUCAGCAGCUGCUGAAGAUUGAGCCGCCAACCAUUAGCAAGUUGCAACAGCCACUCGUGCAGCCAGUGCAAACGGUGCUCCCAGCACCGACAGUAUCACCAUCAGCAACACCAGCACCAGCAGUGGCAUCAGCAGCAGCAGCAGCAGCACCAACAACUACAGCAGUUGCAGCAGCAGCAGCAACAACAACAACAUCAACUACUACUGCAGCAACAACUGUGCGACCGGCAACGCCCGUCAUCAAUUUGGAUCUGUCCAAUGUGAUGGCCAACUGCUCCAAUGCAACAAGCAGCAACAGCUCGGCCUCGCUGUCCUUUGGCAGUCCAACAACGACGCAGAAAGCAAUGCCACUGGCCUCCACGCCCAAGCAAACGCCAGCAACAACCCAGCAACAGCAACAGCAUCAGGCAAUGCCACAGCGCACGCAGUCGCUCAUCAUGCAGCCGCCGACAAUAUCUAUACCGGAUCAAACGCCUCAUUUUGUGGUGCCGCAUUUGAUAUUGUCGCCGCAGCAGCAGCACCACCAACAACAACAACAGCACCAGCAGCAACAGCAGCAACAACACCAACAACACCAACAGCAAGCGCCUCCUGGCACCUAUCUAAUGGGCAUACGAGCGCCGUCACCGCAUAGUCCGCUGUUGUCUCCGGGACGCGGCACGCCCAAUCGCCAGCAUAGUCCAGCCGCCCGCCAAAUAGCGCCUGCACAGCAGCAACAUCCGCUGGCUUCGCCUACAGGCAACAGCAACAUGAACAUGAGUCCGUUGCCCAGUCCCACAGCGCGUGGAGUUGCCACAACCACGACGACAUCGCCCACAACCGGCGGCAAGAUGCCAACACCUAACAGUUACCUUCCACGCCCACCGCUGCAUCAGCAACAACAACAGCAGCUGCAGCAGCAGCAACAACACCAGCAACAAUCUUCACCGGGUAGCAUGCCCAAGUCUGUCAUUGAGCUGCAAUCAGGCGCAGGAGUUGCUGCUGGCCAGGGGCCACAAUUGCUGCCGAUGCCGUUGCAGAAAAUGCCGCCGUUGCCCGUGCCGCAUCACCCGACAAUCAUUAGCAAGGUUGUCACCGUGCAGCCACAGCAGGCGAUACAGACACAAGUGGCCAGCUCGCCGCCCAUGGGUAGCUUGCCGCCGCAUAAGAAUUUGCAUGUGAAUGCCCAACAACAUCAGCAGCAGCAGCAACAACAACAACAGCAACAACAACUGUCUCCACAAAUGUUGUCUAAGAUGAACGUGCAUCAGCAACAGCAACAGCAGCAGCAGCAGCAUCAACAACAGCAACAACAACAUCAGCAACAGAUGCAGAAGUUCAUCCAUGCACAUCAACAACAACAAAUGCUAGACCGCAAGCARCAGCGACAGCAGCAUAUGCCGCAACAGCACCAACAGUUGCACCAGCAACAGCAGCCGCAACAACAACAUCAGCAGCAGCAAGGGCAUCCACAACAACAACACUUGCAGCAGCAAAUGCAACAUCCGCCAUUGUCACCGGGUCAUCAUCAUGCACAUCCUACGCAGCAGCAACAGCAACAGCAACAGCAGCAGCAGCAGCAGCAACAUCAAGCACGCCAGCAAUAUCAGGCGCAACAGCAGAUGCAGCACCAACAUCAGCAGCACCAGAUGCAUCAACAACAACAACAGCAGCAAUUGCACAUACAAAAGCUGCAACAGCAAUUGCAUACAGCACAUCAGCAACAGCAUCAGUCGUUGACGCAUUUGACACCGCAGCCGCCUGUGUUUACACAACAACAACAGCAGCAACUGCCACGCAACGUGCAACAACAACUGAGCCCAACGGGCAUCAAUCCCAGUCCACACAGCUCGCACAGUCCACAGGCGCAGCAGCAGCAGCAGCUGCAUACGGCUGCCAUUCUGGUACGUGCGCCCGCUCAACAACAACAACAGCAGCAACAGUCGCAGCAGCAGCAACAACAACAGUCGCUCAAUGUUAUACAGAGCGCGCCAGCAGCACAAAAAAUAAUUGUGCAGCAGCAAAUUGUGCCUGCACCAACAUCGAUGCACUAUCCGCCGCCACCGAAGGAGACGGCGCCUGCUGUAGAGUCGCCCGUGCUGCCGGUGAAGACUUCGGAGAGCGUUUCCGUAAUACGUACGCCCACGCCCACCAUCAGCCUGGCCAACUCGCCGCAGGCAACAAAGGGUGCAGCAGCAGCAGCGGCGGCAGCAGCAGCAGCUGCUUCUCUGCUGACCGAGGAGAAUGUCAUCAAGAUCUCGCAGCCCAAGCAGGAUGAGCUAAUCGAGCAGGACUCGAAGGAGGUGGACAGCGACUACUGGUCCGCCAAGGAGGUGAACAUUGACAGUGUCAUCAAGAAGCUUGAUCCCGCAACAGCAGCUGCAGCAGCCGCAGCCGCAGCUGUCAAGGACGACAACCAGAACAAACGAGCAGCAACACAAAUGCAGCAGCAGCAACAGCAGCAGCAGCAGCAACAACAGCAACCACCUGUAACUGAAUUGGCCUCAGCAGAAGCAACACCUUCGUUGCCCAGUGAGCCGCCAGCAACAGUAACAGCUGUAGCUGCAGCAUCAACAGCACCAACAGUUGCUGCCAAUGUCAGCUCCAAUGAUCAUGAUACCGAGGAUGAAACCGAGACGCGUCAACUCACAGUGAAAGCUCUCAAGCAACUAGGUCGACCGCCAAGCGCGCGUGGCACGGCAGCCAAACGUGGACGUCAGCCACGUGGCGCCAAGGCCAAGCAAGCUGCCGGACUGCCAGCAACAGUUACGGAGCCCAGUCCGUUGCUGUCGCCGGGCGACAACGGCGUGCACACACGCCUGCGCAAGCCUGUGACGGCGCCAGUGACGCGCGGACGCAAGGGUAGACCGCCGCGGAACUUGUUGCUGCAGCAACAGCAGCUGCAACAGCAACAGCUGGCCCAACAGCAGCAGCUGGCACAGCAGCAACAGCAGCAGAAGGAGCCUGUGCCGCCUGCACUUUUGACAAUGCCUGUGCCCACAGCCGCUGAGAAGAAGGCCAGGAAUCAGGCGUUGACACAAGCCAGCGGAUCCAGUCAGGAUAUAUACGAGUUCCAUGACGAUGUUGGCGAUGCUGAGCCAAAGAUAAAGGCAACUCCAGUUGUUGCCACAGCGGCAGCACCUGCUGCCGAUGACCCGCGACCGCGACUCAUACUGACCAUCAACAAGCUGAAGAAUAGCAGCGAACUGGAGAGUCAAGCGGAAGCGACGCAGCCGCAACAACAACAGCAGCCGCAGCAGCAGCAGCAGCAACCACAGCUGGAGCACAACACGGACAGCUCGGAGUCGUGCAAUACGCGAAAGUCGCGUCGUCUGCAAGAGAAGGAGGAUCGCAGCACUGUGGACGAUAUCAUAGAGGAUGUAGUGCGCAACACUAAUACACAACAGCAGCAACAACUUCAGCAGCAAUUGCAACAGCAGCAGCAACAACCGCAACAACCACAGCAGUCGCAGCAACAACAGCAACAGCCGCAGCAACAAUUGCCCAAAGGAGCGCAAACGCCACCUCGACGCUCCGGUCGCCAUGCUCAGGCUAAGAAACCGGAUGCUGUACAAACGCCAAAUGCGGUGGGCAGACCUCGACGCUCCAAGGAACGGAAGACCAUAUGUGAGCCACCAGCUGGCUUGCAGGAGGAGCCGCAGCCACUGUUGCUGCCGCCACCUGUGGCCCCAGCACCAGCAGCAGCGCCAGCCCCAGCACCAGCAACUGAACCACCACCAGCAGCAGCAGCAGCUGUUGUUGAACCACCAGCAGCCACACCUAUGCAGCUGCAACAGCAACAGCAGCCACCACAGUCAGUCGCUCCGCCACACAUUGCCCAUAUGCCCGAGGUUAAGGAAACACCGCCAGCGCCUCCUGUCCAGGCGAUUGCACCACCAGCCGCAGAGCCGCUGCCAUUGCCUCCUGUUGUGGUGUCGAAGCCAACGCCGCAGCAUCCCAAGAAGAAGGCGAUUGCAGCAGCCGAAAUCGAGUCCUAUCAGGCCAUCAAUUCGUCCAUGCCGCCCAUGCAUCAAACGGCCGCUCCGGCGGCCACACAGAAGAUCACAGGCGGCGCCGCAGAUGCGGUGAGCAAGGCGCUGAUUGAUCCGGUUACGGGCGUCAUUACGGCGGGCAUGCCGCAGGGCAAGGAGGGCAAUUUGCCGGCUGCCAAUGCAGCGGCGCCAGCUAACAGCAGCAAUGAGGUGACGCCGCUGCAGCAACAGCAGCAGCAACAUCAACAGCAGCAGCUGCAACAGCAACAACAGCAGCAACAGCUGCAGAUCAGCGCCACAGUCAUAGCGCCAGCCACGCCCAUAACAACGCUGAGCAAGCCUGUGCAGUUGCAAGUGCAGGAGGCAGCGGCAACAUUGCUCAACAAGCCGGUCAGUGUGCUGGUCAAGAGUAGUGCCCCGCCCACACAGCCUACGCAAAUCAUACUGCAGCAACAGCAACAGCAGCAGCAACUACCACAACAACAGCAACAGCUGCAGCAGUUACCUCCGCAGCCACAACAACAACAACAUGUUGCGCCCAACAAGCAGCCGCUGGUGAUGACAACUGUGUUGCAACACGCACAGCACACAACGGUGCGUCCACCGCAACCACUGAAAGCGCACGUGCUCAAUCGCGAAAAGAAUCUGCAACAGCAACAACAGCAGCAGCAGCAGCAGCAACAACAACAGCAGCAGCCGCAGCAGCAAUUGACACCCAGCAAACAGCAUCAGCAACCGCCUCAUCCCGGUCACAUGUUGCUCACAGAUGCAGCUGGCAAUCAACAACUGUUGCAGCCAAAUCUCAUAGCGCGCCACAUGCUUGGCCAACAACAGCAGGCGCAGCAGCAGCAGCAGCAGCAGGGACAACAGCAACAACAACACUUGCUGGUCAAUAUACCACCACCCACAGCGCAUUCGCCCCACUCGCCACGCAUUACAGCAGCACAACACGUGCAGCAGUCGCAGCAGCAGCCACCUAAUGGGCCACAGCAGCAACAGCAACAGACGCUGGUCAUCAAGCAGGCCACAGCAACAGCAUCAACUGUGCAUCCACAAAUACUGCAUGUGGUAAGCUCGAAGGCUUCAGUGUUGCCCGCACAACAGCAGCAGCAGCAGCAGCAGCAGCAACAACAACAACAACAGCCGCCGCAACUACUGGCGAAACAGAACUUUGGCUAUGCGCAGCAGGCGCCAGCACAGCAGCAGCAACCACAGCAACUGUACAAGCAGAAGGCGCCGCAGCCGGUGGUGCAGAUGCCACCGCACAAUCUACUGCUACCCGCACAUGCUAAUCUGCUGUUGCAGCCAAAGCCAGCGGCGCAUUUGCAGCCACAGCAACAUCAGCUGACCCCAUCGCCACCGCCGAACAAGCCCAUUUCAGUGGUGCACAGUCUCCAAGCGGUGAGCCAGAUGUUGCCCGGCAGCGUGGGCAGUCCGCCGCCAAUGAAACCAGGCCAACAACAGCCCAAUGCGGCAGCAGUUUUGCGCACGGCCAUACCGAAUAUCAGUCCGCAGGGACAGCCGCGCGUUCCGCCGCUGGUAUUGCCAUCAGGCAUGCCAGGCGUACCACCCUUCGACGCCAGCAUGCAUGACUUGGGCGCCUAUGUCAGCGGUCGGCGCACACAGAGUCCUCCGCCAGCGCAUCAGCAGGCAUCGCCCAUAACACCGAACGACACGGCCUAUCGUGGUAUGACUGCCAUGCUAUACCAGCAUCACAUGAUGCGCAGCGGGGACUAUGAUGACAAGAUGAUCAGCAGCAGCCCGCCAUUGGAGCUGCGUCGUCCAGGCAGUGGCCCGCCACGCACCAUUGCCGUGCCGCACAGUCUACAAAGUCCACAGGAUCGCACCGCAGCGGACUCCCCGCAAAUGGCCCAAGUCUAUGUGCACAAUACUCGGAUACCCCACGCCCACUUCAGUGAGAUGGCUACACGUGGCGGGUACUACGAGAGUAGCGGUAUACAGCUAGAGCCACCGCCGGCGCAUCGUGCUGCUGCUUCGAUAAGUGUGGUGGUGCCACCACCGCCGAACGUCGCAAGCGCCAGUCCGUACAUCAGUGGCGGUGCCUCUGUCUCGGUGUCCGUGCAGCCAGGUCCACAUAGUCUACAUCCCAGCCAGGCCAAGCUAUUGGAGCGUGAGCGCGAGCAGCGUGAACGUGAAAGGGAGAACGAACGCCUGUCCAUGGUGGCAGCAGUUGCGAAACAACAGCAGGAACACUUGUCAGCCUCGGUUAUGCACGGCGGCAUGGAGCUGCCUGCUCAGCCACCGCCGGCAGCAAUGGCACCACCGCCGGGUGACUCACUGGUCACGCUGUUGCAGCGGUAUCCGGUCAUGUGGCAAGGCCUGUUGGCCUUGAAGACAGAUCAGGCGGCUGUUCAGAUGCACUUUGUGCACGGCAAUCCAAACGUGGCGCGCGCUUCGCUGCCCAGCAUGGCGGAGAGCACCACGCCCCAAUUGCGCAUUGCGCAGCGUAUGCGACUCGAACAGACUCAGCUGGAGGGCGUGGCCAAAAAGAUGCAGGUGGACAAAGAGCAUUGCAUGCUAUUGGCGUUGCCUUGUGGGCGCGAUCAUGCGGAUGUGCUGCAGCACUCGCGGAAUCUGCAGACCGGCUUCAUUACAUACCUGCAGCAAAAGAUGGCCGCUGGAAUUGUGAAUAUACCCAUGCCGGGAAGCGAUCAGGCAGCAUAUGUGGUGCACAUAUUCCCCGCCUGCGAUUUCGCCAAUGAGAAUCUGGAGCGUGCUGCGCCCGAUCUCAAAAAUCGUGUUGCCGAACUGGCUCAUCUAUUGAUUGUCAUUGCCACCGUAUAAAAAAGCGAAGGCCUACACCCUCUGAUCUACAAAAAUCAACACGAAUGUGA